AUGGCGGGACCUGGGGGCUGGAGGGACAAGGAGGUCACGGAUCUGGGACACUUGCCGGAUCCAACUGGAAUAUUCUCACUAGAUAAAACCAUUGGCCUUGGUACUUACGGCAGAAUCUAUUUGGAUUUACAUAAAAAGAGUGGUUCAUUUAGCAGAAAAAUAAUCUCACUCCAUUCAAACAGCCUUCCCAAAUUAAGAAAAGUGACAGAAGACAAUGCAAGCUCAUGCUUUUUUGAAAAUUUUAAAAAUGAUAUCCAGGCUAAAGAGGUUGCAAAGGAAUUGAUUGUUCUCCGGACCCCUUUACCAGAAAUAGGAAGGCGAGUGAGAGUGAAUAAAUAUCAAAAGUCUGUCGGGUGGAGAUACAGCGAUGAAGAAGAAGAUCUCAGGACUGAACUCAACCUUCUGAGGAAGUACUCUUUCCACAAAAACAUUGUGUCCUUCUAUGGUGCAUUCUUCAAGCUGAGUCCCCCUGGCCAGAGACACCAACUUUGGAUGGUGAUGGAGUUGUGUGCAGCAGGCUCAGUCACUGAUGUAGUGAGAAUGACCAGAAAUCAGAGUUUAAAAGAAGACUGGAUUGCUUAUAUCUGCCGAGAAAUCCUUGAGCCAAAAGUCAUAUUUCUGGGAACUGGUUAUAGUAAUUCCAGCCUAAAGGAAGAAUUUUGUCUGAAAAAUCAAAUGGAUUUUGGAGUGAGUGCCCAGGUGAGCAGAACUAAUGGAAGGAGAAAUAGCUUUAUUGGGACACCAUACUGGAUGGCACCUGAGGUGAUUGACUGUGAUGAGGACCCAAGACGCUCCUAUGAUUACAGAAGUGAUGUGUGGUCUGUGGGAAUCACUGCCAUUGAAAUGGCUGAAGGAGCUCCUCCUCUGUGUAACCUUCAGCCCCUGGAAGCCCUCUUUGUCAUUUUGCGGGAAUCUGCUCCUACAGUCAAAUCCAGCGGAUGGUCCCGCAAGUUCCACAAUUUUAUGGAAAAAUGCAUGAUAAAAAAUUUUCUGGUUCGUCCUACGUCAGCAAAUAUGCUUCAUCACCCAUUUGUUCGGGAUAUAAAAAACGAACGACAUGUCGUUGAGUCAUUAACGAAGCAUCUUACUGGAAUCAUCAAAAAAAGACAAAAAAAAGGGAUACCUCUGAUCUUUGAAAGAGAAGAAGCUAUUAAGGAACAGUACACCAUGAGAAGAUUCAGAGGACCCUCUUGCACUCACGAGCUUUUGAGAUUGCCAACCAGCAGCAGAUGCAGACCACUUAGAGUCCUGCAUGGAGAACCCUCUCAGCCGAGGUGGUUACCUGAUCGAGAAGAGCCACAAGUCCAGGCACUUCAGCAAUUGCAGGGAGCAGCCAGGGUGUUCAUGCCACUACAGGCUCUGGACAAUGCACCUAGGCCUCUACAGGGUCAGGCUCAGGCACCUCAACGACUACAAGGGGCAGCUCGCGUGUUCAUGCCACUACAGGCUCAAGUGAAGGCUAAGGCCUCUAGGCCCCUGCAGAUGCAGAUUAAGGCACCUCCACGACUACGGAGGGCAGCCCGGGUGCUCAUGCCACUACAGGGAGGUAGGACACCUAGGACUCUACAGGCACAGGCCCAGGUACCCAAACAGCAGCAGGCUCAGGCCCAGGCCCAGGCAUCGGAACAGCCCGAAGAUCUGGACCAGGUGCCAGAGGAAUUUCAGGGGCAAGAUCAGGUACCCGAGCAGUAUCAAAGGCAGGGCCAGGUUCCUGAACAGCAGAGACAAAACCAGGUACCAGAACAGCAGCUGGAGCAGAACGCGGCACCGGAACAGCCAGAGGUACAGGAAGAGGCUGCUGAGCAGGAGCAGGCAGAGACUGAGGCAGAGGAACCUGAGUCAUUGCGAGUACACGCCCAGGUGUUCCUGCCCCUACUGUCACAGAACCACCAUGUGCUGUUGCCACUACAUUUGGAUACUCAGGUGCUCAUUCCCGUAGAGCGCCAAACCGAAGGAUCACCUAGGGCACAGGCCUGGGCACUGGAGCACCCACAGGCAGUUAGCUCAGUUCAAGCACUGAUAGAGGGGCUAUCAAGAGACUUGCUUCGAGCACCAAACUCACAUAACUCAAAGCCACUCGGUCCACUGCAAAUCCUGAUGGAAAACCUGGCAUCGGAUGUGUUUUAUUCUCAACCGGAACAGGCACGGAAGAAAAAAUCAAGAGUUUCUAGUCUAAGGCAGGCACUGGCAAAAAGGCUGUCACCAAAGAGGUUCAGGGCAAAGUCGUCACGGAGACCUGAAGAGCUUGAGCUCUCAGAUUUAGAAGCCGGCAGGCAAAGGCGCCAACGCAGAUGGGAAGAUACCUUUAAUCAGCAUGAAGAGGAAUUGAGACAAGUUGAAAAUGACAAAGAAGAUGAGUCAUCAGACAAUGAUGAGGUAUUUCAUUCCGUUCAGGCCGAAGUCCAAAUAGAACCAUUGCAGCCAUACGUUCCAAAUCCCAAAGGAGAUGAGGUUCAAGACAGACCUAGUAUGCCUUACAACCAGGAUCAUGCACACGGUGUCAAGCUCUCUUCAAGUGUUCCUCAGCGGUCUCUUUUGGAACAAGCUCAGAAGCCCAUUGACAUCAGACAAAGGAGUUCGCGAAAUCCUGAAAAUUGCCCGGCAGCAUCAGAAUCUUCUUCUGAGGAAGAGAGUCCUGUGACCAGGAGGAGAUUUCAGUCAUCACCACCUUAUUCUACUAUUGAUCAGAAGUUGCUGAUUGACAUCCAUGUUCCAAAUGGAUGUAAAGUUGGAAAAAUAUCACCCCCCGUAUACUUGACAAAUGAAUGGGUAGGCUAUAAUGCACUCUCUGAAAUCUUCCGGAAUGAUUGGUUAACUCCCGCACCUGUCAUUCGGCCACCUGAAGAGGAUGGUGAUUAUGUUGAACUCUAUGAUGCCGGUGCUGAUACUGAUGGUGAUAACAAUGAUGAUACUCAUGAUGCUUAUGAAGAUAACUAUGACCUUGCCAAUGGCAGUGAUGACUUGGAUAACCAGGUUUAUCAGGCUAAUGCUGUCUGUAAAGACUAUGAUGAUGAUGACAACAAUGAUGAUUCUGCCGAUGACACAGACAAUAAUCGUGAUGAUGUGCCUAGUUGGCCAAGGGCAAGCUAUGGCCGAGAUGGACGCUGGAAGCAAGACAGUAGUGAUGGAAGUAAUGGAAAAGAAGUCUACAGAGUCUAUAAAAACCAUAAAGCCAAUAGAAGCUAUGGAGGAAGUGCAGCCACUGGGGGCAGUGCAACCAUUGGAGACCAGGAAGGACAUGAAGCCGGUAUAGGCAGUGGAAGAAGAAGCAGCAGGGGUAAUGGAGGUAAGGGAGUCACUGGAACCAAUGAAGAGAGCGGAGCACUUGAACUGAAUAGAAGAGAAAAUUGCUCAGAGACAGCCCGUCCAGGAUUGGAGAGACUUGCAUCCUGGGACUUUGAACAUCAACAGGAGGAGUCAGGUGGUAGAAGUGAGGCCUCAAGUGCAGCACUUGAUGAUGGAAAUGACAAUAAGGACAUAUUAGAAUUAUCAACACAAUCAGAUUUUUCUGCCUUCCAUUCGUCUCCUUCCAAAGGUUCUGGGAGGGUUACUGAUGCUGACUUUGCCAGUGCCAUCUUAUGUUCUGGAUUCGAGGAAUUGCCUGAGGAAUCACCUAAGCAACCCUCUGAAGUCAAUGUUAACCCAAUUUAUGUGUCCACUGAGUGUAAGAAACCACUAAUCCACAUGUACGAGAAAGAAUUUACUUCUGAAAUCUGCUGUGGUUCUUUGUGGGGAGUCAAUUUGCUGUUGGGAACCCGAUCUAAUCUGUAUCUGAUGGACAGAAGCGGGAAGGCAAACAUUACUAAACUUAUAAAGCGAAGACCAUUCCGCCAGAUUCAAGUUGUAGAGCCACUCAAUUUGCUGAUUACCAUCUCAGGCCAUAAGAACAGACUUCGGGUGUACCAUCUCAGCUGGCUGAAGAACAAGAUUUUGAAUAAUGAUCCAGAAAGUAAAAGAAGGCAAGAGGAAAUGCUGAAGACAGAGGAGGCCUACAAAGCUAUUGAUAAGUUGACAGGCUGUGAACACUUCAGUGUCCUCCAACAUGAAGAAACAACAUAUAUUGCAAUUGCUUUGAAAUCAUCAAUUCACCUUUAUGCGUGGGCACCAAAGUCCUUUGAUGAAAGCACUGCUAUUAAAGUGAUAUGCAUUGAUCAGUCAGCAGACUCCGAAGGAGACUACAUGUCCUAUGAAGCCUAUGUACGAAUACUGGCAAAAAUACAGGCAGCUGAUCCAGCGAACCGGUUUAAGAGACCAGAUGAGCUCCUUCAUUUGCUGAAGCUCAAGGUAUUUCCAACACUUGGUCAUAAGCCAGUGACAGUUGACCUUUCUAUUGGUUCUGAAAAAAGACUGAAGGUUUUCUUCAGCUCAGCAGAUGGAUAUCACAUCAUCGAUGCAGAAUCUGAGGUUAUAUCUGAUGUGACUCUGCCGAAUAACCCCCUGGAAAUCAUUAUACCACAGAAUAUCAUCAUUUUGCCUGAUUGCUUGGGAAUUGGCAUGAUGCUUACCUUCAAUGCUGAAGCCCUCUCAGUGGAAGAAAAUGAACAACUCUUCAAGAAGAUCCUUGAAGUGUGGCGAGACAUACCAUCUUCUGUGGCUUUAGAGUGUACACAACGAACCACAGGAUGGGGCCAGAAGGCCAUUGAAGUGCGCUCACCGCAAUCAAGAGUUCUGGAAAGUGAGCUGAAGCGCAGGUCAAUUAAGAAGCUGAGAUUUCUGUGUACCCGAGGUGACAAGCUGUUCUUUACCUCUAUCCUGCGCAAUCGCCACAGCCGGGUUUACUUCAUGACCCUUGGGAAACUUGAAGAGUUCCAAAGCAACGAUGGUGUUUAAAAGCUUCCAAUGAUUUAUUGCAACAUUUACCAACUUCACAUGUAUGCAAUUUGCAUCUUCAGAUUUCUGAGAUUAGAUGAGCAUUCAGUUUUAUUUUUAGUGAAAAAUUAAAUCAGAAACUUUUAAUGUAGCACAGAAUAGUUUAAUGAGAAAUGCAGCUUUAUAUAUAAAAUUAACUAUAGCAAGCUCUAUGUACUGCAAUGGUGUACAAUGUCUUUUGCACAAACUUUGUAACUUUUGUUACUGUGAAUUCAAACAUUACUCUUUGGACAGUUUGGACAGUAUCUGUAUUCAGAUUUUACAACAUGGAGUAAAGAAUCCUGUUAGGAAUUAGAUUACAAGCAGCUUUAAAAAGAACUGGCCCUGGGUGAGAUUUUUCUGAAAAAGAAAAACAUUGACAAACCAUAUGUGAUUUUUCCAAAGUCAUAUAAAGAACCAAAGGUUAGAUCAUGAAACAAAAAUCUUAAGGACUGUGUUAUAACCCAGACUAAGGUUGAACAACCUGCAUGCCCAGAGAAAACUACAGUGAUAAAGAGGAAAAUGCCACCCAUUUUCCUCACUGCUUCAUGACAAUUAAGCUCACAGUUAAAGACCAGUUGUGUUCUUUUCACCCCAAAUUAAGCUGGUUUUCUCCCAAUGAGAAGAAAGGAAGAAAGCUUCAGAUGUUUGGUUUUCCUCAGAUCCCCCAAAGAUGUGCAAUAGCUGUUUUUAUAAACCACCAAAUAAUACACUUG